GUAGCUUUUAUCUUAGUAACUGUUACGGCCAUCGUUGCUCACGCGCCUCGAUUAAAACAGGGCACAUACCGACCGGUUCGGAAACCUAAACGAAACGAAACGAAACGACUAAGGAAUGAUCUGACAGGCAACACGAGACAACAUGACGCUUCAAAAUGAAUUUUCGGUGUUUAGGAGGUGUUUUAGCAAAGUAGGAUGGCUGCUCUCCAUUAGAAGCGCAAGGCGGGGGAGAAAGACGCGCCCACACAUCAAUACGGGAAGAUUCGGGAAGCCCCCCAAGAUGGAGAAGGGAGAAUUAGGAAGGCGUUUCAGGGCCGCAGACUGGACCAGAGAAGUAUCAAAACCCGUCACAUCGCGACCUCAACAACUGACGGUGCCCGAGUACUAUAUGCGUGGAGCGCUGGCAACCGCUCCAGUCGCACAGCAAUCUUUUCGAGAAAGAAUGAUCCAUGCGAGGCUUGGGAGGAGCAAUGAAGCCCUGGGGUCUCACCCAGUAAAACAACCCAGUCCCUUAAAAAGCUAUAGCUUUACGCAGCUUGGGAGGCGUAGCGAGGCCUUGGGGCCUCGCCCUACUGCGCACCCGAGCCUCCGGAGAAGGGAUCGCUUCAAGGACCUCGCGGGUAGAGGGCUUGUCGACAACACGGAAGUGGAGGAAGACAACUGGUCGACAAUGGCGAACUUGGAUACCGGCGGCAGUUACAACUCCGAUUCAUCAGAGCAGGACUUUGAUUCAGAGGAGAGCUCGGACUCAGAGCCGGACUCAGAGCCAGACUCUACUCAAGAGGAGAGUUCAAGUUCAUGGCUGGACUGGAGUUCAUGGUCGGACUUGGGUUCAGGGCUUGGCUUGAGUUCAUGGCCGGACUUGAGUGAAGGGAAGUGCUUGGCUUCGGAGCUGUGCUUGGAGCCGGACUAUACUGGAAAGUCAAACUGGGAAUCGGACAUGAUUGAGCCCAUGACGGAAAAUACAGAUGUCGCAAUCAAGCCAAAGUCUGCCAGCCUCCCUCCUAAGACGACGGAGCAGCAGCUGGAGGAUAUGAAGACUCAGGUAUCAACCUGGCGGACAAAAUGCGACACGCUACGAGGAGAAAAUUCAGAUCUUCAGCGGCUGGUGGACGGAAUGCGGUGGGUGUGCGAGGAUUACCUAGAGCUGGGUCCAAACAACCGCGUGACAGGAGCACAGGCGGCCUUUCUGGCGGAGGAGAUGAAGGAGCGGUUGCGUUGGUAUGAAAAAAAAUGCCCUCAGCUCCGGGAUGAGUAUGACACUGUUGAAAAGCAGAACUUAGAAGCAACGGCCGAGAUCAAGCGUGAGGUCAAGCUUAAGAUGGUGGCUCGAGCCAAAAAAUGGGCCAAAGGUCAAGCCAAGGAUCGGGUCCAGAAUCAGGCCGAAGAUCAAGCUAAAGAUCAAUCCCAUGGUCAAGCCAAUGACCAGUCCCAGGGUCAACCAUAAGAUUAACUCUGAGAUCGGCCGAAGGACUAUUUCUGAGGGCAUGGCUGAGGCCGGGGAUGUUUCACGGAUAAGGGCCAGACAAAGGAGGGCCCGUAUAUAUUGAGGGGUGCCAGUUGUAUUUUCUCGAUUUCUCUUCCCACGUUUUAUUUUCCUUUUGUUCUUUCUUUUGUAAGUCUUCUCUUUUUCUUUCCAUUUUCCUUUGUAUUUCUGUGUUUUUCCUGAGGGGUCCAUUCAUUGACAGCGAGAUGGGGGAAUGUUAUUUCGACGAAUAUACUAUAUAGCAUCACGCAUCACACAUCAUGCA